CUUGGGUUAAGAAUUUAUGAGUGGAAAAUAGUGGAAGCCGCCGGAAAGAAUGUGAGUAGUGUGUGUCGUGUCGUAACAAGGAUAGAAUAAGUAGUAGACAGUGUGAUUUGGUCGGGGUCUCACAAGUGUCAUCUUUGGUGCCAACUCAGCAAGUAGCACCUCUCCCUUUCACCGUUUCCCAUUCGAAUAAAUUGAGGUCUCACUUCACUCCACUCCACUCCCACACUCACCACACUACUCUGUGUCGGAGAGGCAAGCCAAGAAUGACCCAACCACUCCCCAUCGUCGUUUACGUUCUGUUAUCGGUAGUAGCUUUCGUAUCGUGUCUCAACCAAGAGGGGCUUUACCUUUACCAACUCAAGCUGUCUCUCGACGACCCUGAUUCUACUCUCUCCUCCUCCUGGAACCCCAGGGACGCCACCCCUUGCAACUGGUAUGGUGUAACCUGCGCCGGCGAUGCCUCCAACACCACUGUUACAGAAUUGGACCUUUCCGACACCAACAUCGGAGGCCCAUUCCCUGCCAACAUCCUCUGUCGUCUCCCCAACCUCCUCUCCAUUAACUUCUUCAACAACUCCAUCAACCAAACCCUCCCUCUCGACAUCUCCCUCUGCCGCUCUCUCCGCCACCUCGACCUCUCCCAGAACCUCCUCACCGGUCCCCUCCCCGCCACGCUCCCGCUUCUCCCCAACCUCCGCUACCUCGACCUCACCGGCAAUAACUUCUCCGGCCCAAUCCCCGACUCCUUCGGAACCUUCCAGAACCUCCAGGUGCUCUCCCUCGUCUCCAAUCUUCUAGAAGGUACCAUCCCCCCCUCGUUGGGCAACGUCUCCUCUUUGAAAAUGCUCAACCUCUCUUACAACCCCUUCUUCCCGGGUCGGAUCCCUCCGGAGCUCGGCAACCUCACCAACCUCGAGGUUCUCUGGCUCACCCAAUGCAACCUUGUCGGCGUCAUUCCGACCUCCCUCGGGAACCUCAACAAGCUCCAGGACCUCGACCUCGCGCUCAAUGACCUCUACGGCUCCAUCCCGAGUUCGCUCACUCAGUUAACCAGCCUCACGCAGAUCGAGUUGUACAACAACUCGCUCUCCGGGGAGUUCCCUCGGGGAAUGGGGAAUCUCACCCGCUUGAGGCUCCUCGACGCCUCCAUGAACCACUUAACGGGGAAGAUUCCCGACGAGCUUUGUUCUUUGCCGUUGGAGAGUCUUAAUUUGUAUGAAAACCGUUUCGAGGGAGAGUUACCGGCCAGCAUUGCGGAUUCCGAGAAUCUUUACGAGCUUCGACUCUUCGGUAACCGCCUCACCGGCAGGUUACCGGCGAAUCUUGGCAAGAAUUCGCCGCUCCGGUGGCUGGACGUUUCGAGCAACCAGUUCUGGGGGCCUAUUCCGGCGACGCUCUGUGAUAAUGGUGUUCUUGAGGAGCUUCUGGUGAUUUAUAAUCUUUUCUCUGGGGAGAUUCCGGCGAGCUUAGGCACGUGCCAGAGCUUGACACGUGUGAGACUAGGAUUUAACCGGUUGUCCGGCGAGGUUCCCGCCGGCAUCUGGGGGCUUCCGCACGUGUAUCUUCUCGAGCUUGUCGACAACUCGUUUUCGGGUUCCAUUGCGAGGACCAUUGCGGGUGCCGGGAACUUGUCGCUGUUGAUUUUGUCGAAGAAUAACUUCUCGGGAACGAUUCCCGAUGAGGUUGGGUGGUUGGAGAAUCUCGUGCAGUUUUCCGCCAGUGAUAAUAAGUUCACUGGCUCGCUUCCUGAUAGCAUUGUGAAUCUUGGGCAGCUUGGGAUUCUCGAUUUUCAUAAUAACAGACUCUCUGGCGAGUUGCCGAAAGGGAUUCGUUCGUGGAAGAAGCUCAACGAUUUGAAUUUGGCCAACAAUGAGAUUGGUGGUACGAUUCCUGAUGAGAUUGGGGGUUUGUCCGUGCUGAACUUUCUAGAUAUUUCUAGCAACCGCUUUUCCGGGAAAGUCCCCCACGGGUUGCAGAAUCUCAAGCUGAAUCAGCUUAACUUGUCUUAUAAUCGUCUGACGGGUGAACUUCCCCCUCUCUUGGCUAAGGAUAUGUAUAGGUCUAGUUUCCUUGGUAAUCCUGGCUUGUGUGGAGAUUUGAAGGGCUUGUGUGAUGGUAGGGGUGAGGCAAAGAAUGUAGGUUAUGUUUGGCUGCUUCGAGCGAUUUUUGUUGUAGCCACUUUGGUUUUCCUUGUAGGCGUGGUUUGGUUUUACUUUAGGUAUAAGAAUUUCCAGGACGCCAAGAGGGCGAUUGAUAAGUCAAAGUGGACGUUGAUGUCGUUUCAUAAACUGGGUUUUAGUGAAGAUGAGAUUUUGAAUUGUCUUGAUGAGGAUAAUGUGAUAGGAAGUGGUUCCUCGGGUAAGGUUUACAAGGUUGUGCUUAGCAGUGGGGAGGUUGUUGCUGUGAAGAAGAUAUGGGGAGGGGUUAGGAAGGAGGUAGAGAGUGGGGAUGUUGAAAAGGGUAGGGUUCAGGACAAUGCUUUUGACGCGGAGGUUGAGACUUUGGGCAAGAUCAGGCACAAGAAUAUAGUCAAGCUGUGGUGUUGCUGCACCACAAGGGAUUGCAAGCUCUUGGUUUAUGAAUAUAUGCCUAAUGGAAGUCUUGGUGAUUUACUGCAUAGUAGUAAAGGAGGGUUGUUGGAUUGGCCAACAAGGUAUAAGAUAGCUGUGGAUGCGGCAGAAGGCCUGUCUUAUCUGCAUCAUGACUGUGUUCCCCCAAUUGUUCAUAGAGAUGUGAAAUCAAACAACAUUCUAUUGGAUGGGGACUUUGGUGCGAGGGUGGCUGAUUUUGGAGUAGCUAAGGCGGUUGAAACCACAGCAAAAGGAACUAAAUCCAUGUCCGUCAUAGCUGGCUCUUGUGGCUAUAUUGCACCAGAAUAUGCAUACACGCUUAGAGUGAAUGAGAAGAGCGACAUAUACAGCUUUGGGGUUGUCAUACUCGAGUUGGUUACUGGAAGACGCCCGGUGGACCCUGAAUUUGGAGAGAAAGACGUAGUUAAGUGGGUGUGCACUACCUUGGACCAGAAAGGCGUGGACCAUCUAAUUGACUCAAGGCUUGAUUCUUGUUUCAAAGAAGAAAUUUGCAAGGUCUUCAACAUUGGACUCAUGUGCACUAGUCCUCUUCCUAUUAACCGGCCUUCAAUGAGAAGAGUAGUGAAGAUGUUGCAAGAGGUGGGCACAGAGAACCAAACCAAGCCUGCCAAAAAAGAUGGGAAGCUAUCCCCUUAUUACUAUGACGAUGCCUCGGAUCAUGGAAGUGUUGCUUAAUGAAUACUUGCAAAGGUUGGAGUAUUUGAUGAUCCAGAAGGGGGAGUUCGAAGCUUCUCUUUUACUAAGCCAGCUUCCCUCCGUGUUUUCAGCGCACGCUUUACAAAGUUGACUAAAGAAAAGAGAAUUAGAGAAUAGGAUUUUUCUUUUUGUGGGGGAAAAUAGAGGCUUGAGGAAAUUGAUGUUUCUAUAAAAGUAUGUCCAUAUCAAGAAGCUUCCCUACCAAAAUUAAAUUGGCGUUUUCGCAUUACAAACUUGUAUCAGAAAUCAGAAAUGAUAUUUCCAUCCUUCAAAAGUUC